GACGGACAGCCUGCCUGGAACAAAGGGUCCCCAAGUAGUAGUAGUAGCAGCGGUAGAUCGGUACCACCGUGCACUUUCCUCCCCUGGCUGGCGUCGUAUGUGUUGGGGUAGUUCAAGUGCUUUCCCAAGCGACGGAGCUUGGAGCCUUCGCCGUCCAGCUUCUCCGGCUAGCAUCGACGCUAGCUGGCUAGGAGCAACCCCGCCUUUCGGUGGCCUUUUCUUUGCAGGCUGUUCGUCAAAGUCAUUCAAGCUGUACUCUCCCAAGGAACCCCCCAACGGCGGCAGCUUUCCCCCUUUCCACCCAGGCGCUAUGCUGGAUCGAGAUGUGGGACCCACACCCAUGUAUCCCCCAUCAUACAUGGAACCAGGAAUGGGGAGACCCACACCGUAUGGAAACCAGACAGACUAUCGCAUGUAUGAGCUGAACAAAAGGCUACAGAAUUGGACAGAGGAUUGUGACAAUUUGUGGUGGGAUGCCUUCACCACGGAGUUUUUCGAGGACGACGCAAUGCUCACCAUAACUUUCUGCCUUGAAGAUGGACCCAAACGAUACACCAUAGGAAGGACGCUGAUUCCCAGAUAUUUUCGAAGCAUCUUCGAGGGGGGCGCAACAGAGCUCCUCUACAACUUGAAGCAUCCGAAGGAAUCCUUCCACAGUAACUUUGUCUCUCUUGACUGUGAUCAGUGCACCAUGGUCACCCAGAACGGCAAACCCAUGUUCACGCAGGUUUGCGUGGAGGGCCGUCUAUACCUUGAGUUCAUGUUUGAUGACAUGAUGAGGAUCAAGACGUGGCACUUCAGUAUCAGACAACACAGAGAGGUCCUCCCCAGAAGCAUUCUGGCCAUGCACGAUCCUCAAAUGCUGGAUCAGCUGGCUAAAAAUAUCACCAGAUGCGGGCUGUCCAACUCCACACUCAACUACCUCCGUCUUUGUGUGAUAUUGGAGCCCAUGCAAGAACUAAUGUCAAGACACAAGACUUACAGUUUGAGCCCCCGAGACUGUCUGAAGACUUGCCUCUUCCAAAAGUGGCAGAGGAUGGUAGCACCCCCAGCCGAGCCUGCCAGACAAGCACCCAACAAGCGGCGGAAAAGAAAGGUGUCGGGCGGCAGCACGGUGAGCUCCGGCGGGGCCGGCAAUAACAACACCAACAGCAAAAAGAAGAGUCCAGCCAACAACUUCACACUGUCCAACCAGGACCUGGUUGGAACAAAAACCUGUACAGUGCCGGAGCUUGAGGACCGGAGUUGAGAACCACUACGCAAUCUCUAACACCUCCAACAAACACACACACAAAAUCUCUGUGUCAUACGACAUGCAACGUUUGGGUACAGCAGAAAUGGUACGCAGCAUGCCUGGACAAGAUUCGACAGAAGUGUGUUUUCAUUUUAAUUUCUUAUGUAAAAACAUAAAAAAAAAAUACCCCAGAAAUAUUCUUUGCACUGUUUUCACCAUUAACUCCAAUCUAUUUUUCUUAACUCUGCCCCCCCCCCCCUUCCCUCUUUAUUGUAAGAAGUGUAAACCAGCUGAACCUUGCAGUAUAUUCUUGUAUAAAUAUUUGCUGUUAGACCUUUCUUCUUGUGAUGGUAAUAAUGUGAAUCAAUAUUGAAUCCCUCCAUCUUGUGUCACACUGUCAGUCAAUCAAGGCCAGUGAUUUGAAUGCUCUGCCAAUAUGAUGGAUGGCAGGGAUGGGGACUCUUUGGCCAAUGGGAUGCAAUUUAAAAAAAAAAAAAAAAAAGACCAACCUCAGAGGGACAUUACACAAUAGCAAAACGGGCAAAUGCUCAUUAUGAACAUUUUUGAUGGUCACGCUCGCAUUUACAUUUUCUUCAUUUCGGUGGGCGUUUUCAGGCCCAUCCAACAGGCGAAAUGUUUACCACCCCUGCAGUAUGACAGCAAGGCCUGCCUUGCGUUAUAUGCAUUAUGUCAUUGUCAUCUUCAAUUCUACCUAGCGGGUACUCUCUUAUAACGGAAAAUAGAAAACGUCCCAAAUUUGUUACUCAAAUAUUUUAACACAUUUUGACACCACUGUAAAAUAAGAAGAGGAAAAAAAUCUUUUGUAUUAAGUUUCCCAGAACUGUUUUUAAUCCCGAUUAAAGAAAGCUGUAGACCAAGGAGCUCCAUGUAAAGAAUCUUUAGAUAUUACCUACACUGCGCUGUUUGGUUUUAAUGAAGAAUUAUUUUGUUUGCUUUACAUGCUUUUGUUUUCAUGUUUGUGUCUGUGCUUGUAUAUUUUUAGGUAGUCUUUUCUGUAAAAGUUAUUCUAUGUAUCCCCCUCCUAGAACUAUAAGAAUCUCAAUUUUAUGUAAAGAGAUAAAAAGUCUCCUUAAGGUUUUGUUUUGAACUGUGUGGUUUUUUUGUUAAUGGUACAUCACAGAUACAAUAAUUCUGGCCUCAUUUUUGCGAACUAUUUAUUUUCCUAUGUACUGACAUGCCGUUUUUAGUCCAACCCACUUGUACAGUGCUCAUGCAUAAUCGGUUUUAUUAAGGGCUGCUGGAUCAGUAAAUGCUGAAAGGUCUUUUAUUUUUUAUUUUUUUUUGUCAUGCAGCGCCCAAGUAAAUACAUUCUGAUUAUUCACACACAAAAAUCUUUUAUUUGCUGUUGUAGUUUUCCAGUCGAUCUGAAUCAUGUAUCAGAUGACACAAAUAAAAUAAUCAGUUAGA